AUGAGAAAAGCGUGGCCCAGGCUUUGCCUGGCCUGCGCAGCAACAAUAGUAGCAGGAUGUCUCCUUCAGCCGACGUUCUUGGGCCCGCAGUCAGGGGCCAGACCUCAAGGCUUCGUGCGGAGUGACAGGCAAGUGGUGAUGCAGGCAGACGCACGCCCCUCACUGCAGCCGAGCUCUGAGUCAGCCAGCUUCAGCAUGCUUGGCCGCGCCUCUGCAGCAGCACUUUGUGCUUUGGUUGCUGUGUCUGCGGAUAGACGCUCUCGGCAGCGUGCUGAGAAGGUCGUCGUCCGAAUGUUCCCAACUCGGGCGCGCAGCAGACAAAAGACCAUGCGCCGCUUUGAGCCAUUCGGAGAGAUGCCCGCCUGGUCGCGCAAGCCUCUUCUGCGAAAGAGACUCAAGCAGCCGUGGCGAAAGCGCCCCACGAAGAAGUUGUCCAUGAAGGGUCGCUACUGGAUAGAGAGGUCACGCGUCGCCUGCCACUACAACAUCAACAUCCAUCAGUUGACCAAGUAUGUCUUGCGUGCCUUCAAGGAGGGCCGAAAGCACCCCAUCGAUCAUCUUAUGCAAAUCCUGGAGAGCCGCAUCGACAACUUCCUCUGGCGAGUGGGCCUGGCACCAACCAUGGCAGCUGCCCGCUGGAUGGUCCGAGAGAACCACAUCCAGAUCCGCCACGCCCCGAAGGACAGCGAUUAUCAGCCACCAGACUGGGUGACGACGAAUGUGCCAGCGACACUCCUGAUGCUGGGCGACGAGAUCCGCGUUCGCCCGAAGAAGAGGUCCAUCGGUCUCGCCAACAAGCAUCAGGACGAAGAGGGCGAGGUCGACGUUCCCUCCCAUUUGGAAUGGGACCGCGAGGAGCUGAUUGGCAGGUACAACGACGUUUGUGAUUCAAACGAGAUUGGCAUCAACGUUUGCGAGGAUUUCUUGCUCUACAACUUCUUGGGGCCUGAGGGUGUAAGGCAGAGGCACAUCCGCUGGUUCGAGGGCACCACCAUCCCCAUCCCGAAGAUUUACAAUGGCGGGCGCAUCCGACCUACGCCCGAAAACAUCCUCAACAUGAAGAAGGGGGCGGGUCUCCGCCUGCGCGGUCGCCGCCGACCUCCAGGGCUGUGGGGCAAGACGGGCAGCACCAUGCUCAACAACCCUUGGGAGUACGGCAAGAAGGUCAAGGUGUGA